CAAGUCGGUUGUAAUUUGAGGCAGCACCGGACACAAUCAUGUCGAGGCACCUUCGCUUCAUCGCGCGGACUGUUAUGGUCCAGAACGGCAACGUCGAUGAAGCGUACAAGAUUUUAAACAGGAUCCUGACCCACGACGGAGUAAUUGAUGCAGUGAAGCGCAAGCGCUACUACGAGAAGCCCUGCCGAGAGCGACAGCGGAAGAACUUUGAGAACUGCAGGCGAAUCUACCACUCGGAAAUGGCCCGGAAAAUCACCUUCAUCUCCGUGACAAACAGGGAGGAUCCCUGGCUCGGCUGCUAGACGUGUGAUGGGACCGGAUCUUAUCGAUGGACUUGUAGAGACGGGGCCAAAGAAAAGUGGCUUUUGUUGUUUGUCAAUUUAUUUAGAGUAAAGGUUGGACCUCUUUUACAUUUUUAUCUGCAAAAUCUUGCAUAAAAAAUGUUCACUUGUGGUGUUAAAAGGAACAUUAAUAAAUAGUUGACAACAUUUUGUAGUUUGAACCAUCCCACACAGUCUGAAAAGAGUUUUACAUUGUCUAAAAAUCAAGUAUUCCAUAAUAA